GGUUUAUUCGCCUGGAACGCGGGCUCAUUGCGGGAUCUACACGUGCCGUCGCCACACGUGUUGAUGUGUCGUGUGUGCCUGCCUUUAUAGUAGGUCGGAUGUGUAAAACAGACUAACAGUUACUGCUCGCCAAGUGGACAUAUUAGUAAAAAUGUCGAGAUUGGCGAUGACUCCAGCGAGAACGAAAAACGAAGUCUAAAUUAAUGUUACGUCACAGGAACUGAUAAAAAAAUAACGUCACAGAUAAUAUGAGAGAAUUGGGCGCGAAGAUGCGAGCGUCGGAGUUGCAGCGUCUCAUUGAAAACAAAGUGUCCGAGUGGCGCGAAAGGUCGGCGAGGGUCGCGGGCGCCAGUAUGGCCGAGUCUUAUCAGCAGCCGCACUUCAAACGACACACCAACAGGCGCAGGAACAACGCUGAAAUAAAUAGAAUUAUCGCAAAAUACUCCAAGAGCCAUAAGAGGGCGGACGAACGACUCGCGGUGGACGAGCGCCUACCUCCUGUUCGUCCUGUGAGAUAUAAAAACAAGUCGAACGUAUUGAAAACGUCGAGGAGUGAAGAUAAUUUGACUAAUAUACGUGUCAUGGACUCACACCCGGGCGCAGCAUCUAACGAGACGCGAAGCUUCGAUCUGUCAAAAUACAGCACUAAAAGUUGUGAGGACAUAACCGCGUUCGUUGACUUUGGACACACUAUGAAGAGCAAGAAUUUCGAGGAGAACAGUAUUUUAAACUCCAAGACGGUCCCAACGAGACAUACCCUUCAUAGUAUAGACGAAGACGUGUCGGAUAUAUCAGAGUUUAGUGAUAGUGGUGUGAGUGUCAGGUACAAAUCUAAGUUCGCUACAUCGACACCUCUAUCCAAUAGGAAAACGUGUCCGCCUGACUCCGUGUCAGUGAUAGAAUUCCAAAAGUGCUCUAAUUUCCCAUCUGUGAGUGAAUUAAGGAAAGGUUCUUCCGACCCGGACAUUGUUAGCGAAAAAUCUAUAAAUUCAAGUUGUACUUUAGAUUCUCGUAAACGCUGGAAGUUGCCUAAGCCUCAGUUUCGCAAAGGGACAUUUGAUUGUUUACUUCGCUGGCGUGGAAAGAAACCGACAUCCAAUCAAAGUAGAGUGCAGGAAGUCGAUGACAGUUUCUUUGAGAAAUUCGGUUCGAUACUAAAGCAGGCUUCACAAAAGGCGGCUCUAGAGGAAUCCACACCUUUGGCUCCGUUGAAGGAGGUGGAAGAGCAGGAUGGUGAACAGAAAGCUGUCACAGAUGUCAGCGAGAGCAGAAGUGUCACACGAGAUUCAGACAGCGGCAAUGAAACUUUACUAGACACAGACUCGGAACAUGAGGAUUCUGAGAAGUUGGAUUAUUACGUCGAAGCUGUUGGUUGGAAUGUGGAUGAAUUGUAUUUGGAAAUAUUAUACGAAAUACUUCACAAUGUCGGCGGAUGUGACGUAGGUUGCGAGGUUGGCGCACAGGCUAUGCUAUCAUAUGUUCAAGAGGCUUUCAAGAUAUCUAAUGAGAAACAUAUGGAGUUACUCACACAGGCUGAGGCAAAAGAGCCGCCGGAAUUGAUGCUUAACGUAGAAGUGAUAGAAGGAAAGGAUCUCGUGCCCAAAGAUCCGAGCGGCCUGAGCGACCCCUUCGUCACGAUAUACUUAAUGUCAAACACUUCCCACAGAUAUAACACGUCAGUUAAAUCAGGCACACUGAAUCCCGUGUGGGAGGAGCAUUUUUCAUUACCAAUGCCGGGCAGUCUUCAGGAGGAUUCGCUUUGUUUAGAAGUUUGGGACUUUGACCCCGCGGAGACGGUUAAAGAGAAAAUGACGAAGAUAUUUGAAGUCAAAGGUGUGAAGGGCCUCCGAAAGCUGAUGAAGGAAAUAGCGAUCACAGCUUCUACUGGCAAACACGACAAUGAGCUCAUCGGUACCGCCAAUAUACCUCUGAAAUCCAUUCCAGCCGGUGGUAUGGUGAUGUGGUUGAAUCUGAGCAAGAAGAGUAAGUUGAGACGGCAAGGAGUCGUGAAGGUCCGGUUUAAUUUCUCAUCGGAGAAGAACUCUCAAGUAGCUGCCCAGGAACAUCGGCAUCUGUUGAGGAUUCUGUUACUCCAUGAAUUAGAGAGCUCAAAGGUGGCUCCCUAUUGGUGGUGUGGGAACUUCAGCGCUGCCGCGGAAGGUGUCCUCACGCAGCACGCCGCCCAGAGUGGCUUGACCCCUUUGGAAGACCGUCUUUCUCAGUGGGUCGUAUUCUGUUCUAUUACCCCUGACCACCCGCUAAGCUUCGCCCUCUUCACCAGCUUACUGGACAAGCUGGCUAAGCCGCUGCAGUCCGGUCUAGUUAACGAAGAGGAUCGAAGGCUUUUUUGGGACGGAGCGAAGAAAUUGUUGCCAACGUGUUACAGUCACGUGAGGAAGUUGAGGAAGAAGACGGCUGGCGAUAAGACUGUGAUGAAGACGCUGAGAGAGGUCCUCAGGAUACUUCACAAGCUGUCCGUGAUGGAUGCACCGGAAUCUAUAGAUCUGUUCCCCGCAAGCCUCUACGGCUGGCUGAGGAAUGAUGCCAAGCUGACCAUACAUGAAGUGCUGAACCAGGCCGCCAUACAGGGCGCGUCGGACUGGUUCGUGCACAUACUGGAUAACAAUGAAUGUAAAGACAAAACCGAAGAGUCCAGGUUGCAGCACUUGAUAAGGGUCAUACAGCUGGUUAGAUCUGAUCUGCAAAGGGCUGUGGAAUAUUUCGACAGAGUUUUCGUUGAAGUCAUGAGUUUUCCGUACUCGAAGGUGUUGUACGGCGUGUAUGAGGAUAAGAUAGCUUCGUUGGUGGAACCGGAAGUGAUUCAGGUCUGCAAGAGCAUGAAGCGCUUGAGGUACAGCGAGGGUUCCACGAACAGUGUUUUUCUGGCAGGAGGUUUGAAUGGCGCGACUGGUAUGGGGGGGACCGAGGUCGGCUCCGAGCCGUUAGCCAUGGGCACCACACUGUUUGAACUUUAUCUCGCACUGCAGAGGUUCUUAACGUUGGGUCAAGGUCUCAAUGAGAUUGAUUGGCAGAACUACUCUAUAUCCAAAUUCCAUUCCUGGUUCUACGGCGGUGUGGCCCAAUGGCUGGACAUAGCGGCAUAUAAGGCUCUAACUCGUAUAGAGAAGGCCAUUGAACUAGAUAAUUUGGCGCCAGUUGACGCUAACGUCAAAUACAGCAGUUCCGGUGUUGAUACGCUCGCUAUAUUCUAUCAGAUCAAGAUAUUCUGGCAGCAGCUAGCCUGGCCGGAUGUCGAAGGAUGUUACGCAUUCGUGGCAAAGAUUAUAGAUGACAUCUGCCGUUGCUGCGUGUUCUUCGCGGAGCGGAUGUCCAGCCGCGUGGAGGGCGCGGGGUCAGUGACAUCGGUGUACGAGGAGCGUUUCGAGGUCACCACAGAGUGGUGCGUCGCCAUUAAUAAUAUAGACUACGUGCGGCAGAGCCUUACACCGUUUGUCGCUGAACUGGGUAUGGACGACAUCAUCAACAGGAUGUGCGAGGCCAGAACACCCUUAGAGGCCCAGAGAUGCAAGGAAACCUUACAGAACGUUCUCGCUAACGCCAUUGAUACAGUCAAAAAUAAAAUUGCUGAACUUUUAGAAGUUAUGAUCAAGAAGAUGAUGCCGUCUAUAACCAGGUUCCUGGUCGAGGGAGCUGAACUCCUUCAUCAGGACUGUUCCAGCAUGGAUCGCGUCAUGAGGUACCUGGAGGAUAACUUGGAUACAUUGUACCAUCACCUCAAUAACGAAAACUUCUCAAGAACCCUGGAUAUCGUGUGGGAACAGCUGGGGGAGGUUUUGUACGAACUGAUACAAGCUAACCUCGAGCACCGAAGGGCAAAGAUAGGUCGGUAUAUCGACCCCAGGAGGCUCACAAAAUCCGCCGCAGCGGUUAUGGAUGCGAAACGCCGCCCGCCAGCGUUCUUCCACAAUCUCCACGAAUGUCUCAAAAUCAUGGUGAGAUCCUUCCGUCAGGAUAAUAAAGAGACAUUCACGUCUGAGACUCUGAAGAGAGUGGAGUAUUUACUGAAACUCCACGGCAUGGAGACGAGGGAGCUGAUACACCAGUACCACCUCGAGAGGUGGCAGGAACAACAAUCUAUCACUGACCCGAAGAUGGGCCUGCUGACAAUCAGGGCUCAGUUCGUAGAAGAUAAUCUGAAAAUCGAGAUCAUGAACGCUAGGAAUUUAAUGCCGACCGACUCCAACGGUCUAUGCGAUUCAUACGUCCGAGUGGGACUGCUUCCUGAAGACACAUUCGCUAACGUUGAGAAACCGAAGACACAAACUCACAGCAAGAAUCUGUUUCCAUUGUACGACGAAAUGUUCCUCAUUCAACUGAGCCCGUCCCAGGUGAACACUACCAACGGUCUCAUCCACCUGGUCAUAAAGGACAAAGACAUGUUCAGCGUCAGCAACACGUUCGUGGGCGAGGCUUACUUACACUUCAGUGAAGUGGUUCAUACUAAUGCCCCUAUAUCGAGCCUGCCGCAACAACACCUCCCGCUCUCCAGGCCAGCCAAUAUAGACGGCGACGCUAUCAAGGCGUUAGAGUCCAGACAAGGGGAUAAACAGGCACGGGAGUUCCUCAAGAAGCAAAGACAGAAGAUGCCAAGCAAACAGUUCUUCUCGUUAGGAUGACUUUGAAGAUAUUUUAAUAACGAGAAUUGGUUGAAACUAAAAAAUUGUACAAAGGACCCGAAUACUCCUAUAAUAUGUGAUUUUUUGUGUGAAAUGUGACGAAUCGAGCGCCACACUGUAUAUAUUUACGUAGGAAUCGGCAAUAAAUGAGCUUAGUUUGUUUUUGAUGUCAGUUGGAAUCUCUGAUGCAUAACGUCGUAGGAAUUUUAGGAUCUCAAAACAUUUAAUGUUAUGUGUCAGAAAUGUAUGGAAUUUCUAUUUAAAAACGCUUACAUAGGAGCUUGUUAGGUUUUGUUAGUAAUUUAUUAUAAGCCCAAAAAAAAUAUCAUUAUUUAAUACAUAAUAUAUAUAUAUACUUAUAUUCCUCGUUUAGGGUAAUUAGUUGCUGUAUUCUGUGAUAAACAUGUGUGCCUUGAUCUUUUGUAUACGGUUUUUUAGGCUGUUGUUUGAUUUUUUUUUUCAUUUUUUAUCUGUCUCAGGUCCAAACAGAAAUUUAAAUGUUAUAUAAUUUAUUCAUUAAAAUAAAGAUGUUUUGAAUUCA